CUCAGAAAUAUGGAGGAAAAACCAAAGGAAAAUACAAAUGACCCAAAUCCCACAGCACCCAGCUCCUCCCUAUUUCUAAUCAGAUCCAACACCACCUAGAAUAUACAAGGAAAGAAGCUUCGUCCUCUUCUCGUAUCACUUUGAGAAAAGGAAAACAAUAUCAAAGUCAAUCUCUGUUCUGCUCGCUCUCUUUCUCUCUCUCUCUCUCUCUCUUUCUAUGUUGUGCCUCUGAAAUCUUUCUUGGGCACCCAAGAAGUCGGCAGAUAAGCAGCACCAUCUCUGAGUUUUUCUCUCUCUCCAUCUUCCUGCUGUCACAGAAAAUGAGAGAUUUUGCUGCCUGUUUCAGUAAUAAUGCUGUUCACAUCUCAGAGGUCUCCUGCUCCCCUCACACCUCCUCCUCUGCUUCUGCUUCUUCUUCUUCUUCCAUCCAGAACAUGGUGACCUGCUUCUAUUUGACAGAGAUAUGUGGCCAAUCACGCGUGGUGACAGUCAGCUGGUGCAAGAAUCUGAUGGGUCAUGGCCUCAGCGUCAAUUUCGAUGAUGAUCCUUCUUCUAGGCAGUGUGCCUGUAAGAUUGACAUGAGAUCCUGGUUCUUUUGGAAGAAGAGAGGCUCCAAGGCCUUUGAGCUCGGGUCUUCCACAAUUGAGGUUCACUGGGACCUCUUCACGGCUAAGUACGGGCCCGGCCCCGAACCGAUAAAGGGCUUCUUCGUCGCUGUCAUCGCGGACCGGCGUCUAGUUCUUCUCCUCGGAGACAUGCCAGAGGAGGCACAAACGAGGACCAAUUUGGCCGGUCCGCCGCCGGAAGCGGUUCUUGUGUCCCGCAAGGAGCAUGUGUCCGGCAAGAGCCUAUAUGCCACCAAGGCCCAGUUCACUGGGUGCGGCCGGGCUCAUGACAUCGUGAUCGAGUGCCGGGAACAGAACGGCGAGUUCCGGGAGCCCAGGCUGUCGGUUCGGAUCGACAAGAAGAUGGUGGUCCAUGUCAAGAGGUUGCUAUGGAAGUUCAGGGGCAACCAGACCAUAGUCGUUGAUGGUUUACAUGUUGAUAUGCUAUGGGACGUCCAUGAUUGGCUCUUCAAUCCUUCAUCCGGGCAUGCAGUUUUCAUGUUCAGAACGAGAGAGAACACCAAGUCAUGGGUACCAACAUCUUCUUCUUCAUCUUCCUCAGUUUGCGCCAUCAACAAAUUGGGUCAUGAAGAUCCAGAGACGGUCUUCUCUCUGUUCAUCUAUGCCUGGAAGAACCAGUGAGAAAAGUUACUGAGAGUAAAAUUCUUUUCCAUAUAAAUUUUGUAAGUAACUUUCCUUCCCUUUAUCAUCCAAUUAUCCUCCACUUUCUGUAUCUUCCUUUUUCUUUUGCUUGCCCUCAAAUAGUCAAGUGUUGAGCCAGAAAAAAUUCCACUGUGGAAACUUACAAACAAAAGUUUUGAGUUGUGGGUGGUGUUCAUUUAUUUGUUUCGGUUGAUUGGAAUCCUAGACAUGUAUAGAACUUUGUCAGUGAUCGGCUACUUUUUUCUGCUUUGUA